CUCGCCCCUCGGACAGGAGCGCACCGCCUGCCCCCAGCUCCUCGGGAAGGGAGGAAUUUAGAAAAAAAAGUUUCCCAGAAGUUUGGAUCAGAGCAAGGACGGGAAGACCAAGAGAGGAAGAGGGAGAGGGAGGAGAGAAAGGGAGAGGGAGGAGGGAGAGAGAAUAAAAAAAUGAUGAAGUCCAGUCUACACCGCCUGUGAGCGCCUGCCCGGGUGGGUGGGAAGCAGGACUCGGGCGCUCAUGCAGCGAGCGGGUGGCGCUCCGGGCGCACGUUCCUAGCGGCUGGGGCAGCCAAGGACGUCGGUCCUAGCCGGCCGUGCAGGGCGCAGGGGGGAGGGUGCCCAGGACCCGCGGAGCCGCUGCCUCAGUCUUGGCCACCUCGCCGCCGCCUUUCCCGGGCCUGGCCCGGUGGGCGCUCGGAGCGUGAGGGCUCGGGCUGCUCCCUCUGUAGCGGGGGCGAGCGGGAGCCGGGGUGCGGGCGGCUAAGAUGAGUGAAAGGAGAAGAUCUGCAGUCGCCCUGAGCUCGCGAGCACAUGCCUUCUCCGUUGAAGCCUUGAUCGGCUCAAAUAAAAAGCGGAAGCUGCGAGACUGGGAGGAGAAGGGGCUGGACCUGUCCAUGGAGGCGCUGAGCCCCGCUGGCCCACUCGGAGACGCGGAGGACGCGGGUGCGCACGGCCUGGAGCCUCACCCGGAUUCCGAGCAGAGCACAGGUUCCGACUCCGAGGUGCUCACUGAGCGGACUUCCUGCUCCUUUGACACUCACGCUGACCUGGGCCCUGGGGCUGCAGGCCCCGUGCCUGCCGCCAUGUCUUCCAUGGAAGAGAUUCAGGUGGAGCUACAAUGUGCUGACCUCUGGAAGAGGUUCCAUGACAUUGGAACUGAGAUGAUUAUCACCAAAGCAGGCAGGAGGAUGUUUCCUGCCAUGAGAGUGAAAAUCACUGGCCUGGAUCCACACCAGCAGUACUACAUAGCAAUGGACAUUGUACCUGUGGACAAUAAAAGAUACAGAUACGUGUAUCACAGCUCCAAGUGGAUGGUGGCCGGCAAUGCUGAUUCCCCCGUGCCCCCAAGAGUUUAUAUACACCCUGAUUCUCUAGCUUCUGGAGAUACUUGGAUGAGACAGGUGGUCAGUUUUGACAAACUCAAGCUGACCAACAAUGAACUGGAUGAUCAAGGACAUAUCAUUCUUCACUCUAUGCACAAAUACCAGCCUCGAGUACACGUGAUUCGCAAGGAUUUCAGCAGUGACCUUUCACCCACCAAACCCGUCCCUGUUGGGGAUGGAGUGAAGACAUUCAACUUUCCCGAGACAGUGUUCACUACCGUCACAGCCUAUCAGAACCAGCAGAUCACCAGAUUAAAAAUUGACCGAAACCCUUUUGCUAAAGGAUUCAGAGAUUCUGGAAGGAACAGAACGGGACUGGAAGCCAUCAUGGAGACUUAUGCAUUCUGGAGACCCCCUGUGCGUACACUCACCUUUGAAGAUUUCACCACCAUGCAAAAGCAGCAAGGGGGCAGCACAGGCACUUCCCCAACCACCUCCAGCACUGGGACACCAUCCCCUUCAGCUUCUUCUCAUCUUUUAUCUCCAUCCUGUUCUCCUCCAACGUUUCAUCUGGCCCCCAACACUUUCAACGUGGGCUGCCGAGAGAGCCAGCUGUGUAAUCUAAACCUCUCCGAUUAUCCACCGUGCGCCCGAAGCAACAUGGCUGCCUUGCAGAGCUACCCAGGGCUGAGUGACAGUGGCUACAACAGGCUCCAGAGUGGCACUACUUCCGCUGCUCAGCCCUCUGAAACCUUCAUGCCUCAGAGGACUCCAUCCCUGAUCUCAGGAAUACCAACUCCUCCCUCGUUGCCUAGCAACAGCAAGAUGGAAGCCUAUGGUGGCCAGCUGGGGUCCUUUCCUACUUCCCAGUUUCAGUAUGUCAUGCAGGCAGGCAAUGCAGCUUCCAGCUCCUCCUCACCACACAUGUUCGGGGGCAGCCAUAUGCAGCAGAGCUCCUACAAUGCCUUCUCUCUCCACAAUCCUUAUAAUCUGUAUGGAUACAAUUUCCCUACUUCCCCUAGGCUAGCUGCAAGCCCAGAAAAACUGAGCGCCUCUCAAAGCACUUUACUCUGUUCUUCUCCUUCCAAUGGGGCCUUUGGAGAGCGGCAGUACCUGCCUACGGGGAUGGAGCACAGCAUGCACAUGAUUAGCCCUUCACCCAACAAUCAGCAGGCGACUAACACCUGUGACGGCCGGCAGUAUGGGGCGGUCCCAGGCUCCUCCUCCCAGAUGUCUGUUCACAUGGUUUAGUGGCCAGUCCCAGCACCACGGAGCCAACAGCAGCCGAGGCAGAUCCAGAGUCUCCAGGGGCAGAUCCUCCUCUGUGGAAGCCCAACGCCUUUGAAAAACAGGAACUGUGUAUUCUUAUUAUUAUUACUUUCUGGAGGAGGAAAGCACAUACCCAACGACAACAAGAGACACUUAAAGCCACUGAAGGAAUACUUGCAGUGGAAUCAUCUCUGACUCAGUGGCCAUUCUCCUGCCUUCCCAAAUCUUAGCAUUGUCUACUCAGAGUGGCCUUUGAAGAAACUGAAUAAUCGUUUUAUAAUAAUGUUAAGGGAGAUGCUAGCAUGUAGCAGCCAAUGAAAAGUUACCCACACACAGAUACAUACCUACCUUUACAUACACACAUACAUAUGUGCCUGCAUACAUACACACGUACAUAAAUAUAUCCAUACACAGACUCAUCCAUACACAAACAUACGUGCACAGUGACUCGGAACUGGGUGAACUCUGUGGAGGGAAGCCCAGCAUGGGUGCUUUCACCAAAACUUUGUCUAUGUACAGCAGUAGACGGACUGGGUCAGCAGUCGCUGCCUGCCAACAUUUCUUCCCUGCAGCUUACCCUUUUUCUGGAAUGAACCAUGUAUCCUGAAACCCCUUCCCAUCAAUGGGGGUGGAAAGACAUCAGUACUCCAACCGGACUUGGCUUCCUGAAAAAGAUGGCCUUUGAACUUUGGCUCUCUUCCAUUGGUGUGCUAACAUUGAUGUUCCCAGUGGUGCCUGUGAAAAGAGGGAGUAAGAGCAGCUGAAAGAGAGAAGGAGAAAGAAUAGAGAGCAAGAGAGAGGUGGAGAGCAAGACUGAAUGAGGAAGUGAGAGCAGCGAUGAGAGUUUUAGUUCACUGAGGAAAUGGGUUUGGUCCCCACCCCUACCCCCCAGGUUAUGGAAAGAACCGUGGAGUUGUGGAGGAGUAAACCUCUCUGGGACACUAUGCCUGGUCAGGCACGGUGAGAAGCAUCCAGGCAAGGCAUGAGUCUCAAUCCCACAGUUCUGACCACUGUGAGCCAGAAGAGGGGGCACCACAGAGGAAGUGCCGAUUCCAGAGCACGCAGCCUGGCAGGGGAAGGGGAACAGAAGGAGUGUGAGAAAGGAAGAGUUUUAUAACCUCAACAGAUGAUACCGAGAACAGAGGCAACACAGGGAGGGUCUGGCCUUCUGAAUGCCAGAUCCAGAUGCCUGACCUGGAUUGCCUGCCCCAUUUCCCCUGUGGCAGGAGGAGUCCUGUCACCUUCCAGAGAGUUGAGAAUGGGCCUUCUAGAAUACAUCCUUCCACCUGCUCUUACAUCGCCACUUUUUUUUUUUUUUUAAUCAAAUAGUUCGUUGCAAUUUUGAAGUUUUGGAUUUUUCCUUUCAUCUUUCCCUUCCCCUUCAAAUCCUUUAAUGAUAAGAAAAGUGAAGUUUGGUGCCAGCUAAACUUUUUAAGUGGUGUGGAAAUGCAGAUAGUACCAAGUAAAAGAAUUCAGAUAUUACUAAGAUUUUUUUGGUUUUGAGGUGUUGUAGAUAAAUGUAUUUAUGUGCCUAGUGGGGAAUCCAAUAUUAUGAAUAUUAAAAAAGGGGGCAAUAAAAAGGGUAUGUAAAAUAUGUAUGAAGAAAAGGUGUAUAAAAAUUUGCCCUUAUGCACGGAACUAUGUUUCUAAGUGCCAAGCACAGAAAGCCGCUAAAUAAAAUCUUUGCAAUUGUUUUC